AUGUCUCAAUUUGCCCUCCCGAACAAAUCAUACGGAAACCACCAAACCCCUAGUCUCAAGCCUCGGAAUGGGCGGCUACUGCUUCCUCUAAUGGCUACAAUUGGGCUUGGUUUCGGUGCAUACAACUACUACGUCGCGGCCCAGUCGCGACGGGAACAAUCUAUGCAGGAGGAACAGGAACGGCUGGCGCGAAACCAACAGUUGAUGGAUGCAUACGGCGACAAGAAUAGUCUGCAUGAUGUCCAGCAUGCACUCGACGCCUACAAUGUUCGAUAA